CAAGCGUACUAAUUACAUCCUCCUAGUCUCCCCUGCCACAGGUUUCCAAUUGAUUGCUCGCUAGGAAACUCAGGUGGGACCUGAGGCUCAGACGUCCCCUGCUGGUAGGUGGGCGCAUGCGCCGCGCGCGCUCUCGCAAACUGGCCCGGGGCGAGUAGAGCUGCCAGAAACUUUUGCCAUAUGAAGUUGAACAUGGCAGAAGAAGAGGACUAUAUGUCAGAUUCCUUCAUUAAUGUCCAACAAGACAUCAGACCAGGAUUGCCAAUGCUGAGGCAGAUCCGAGAAGCCCGUCGAAAAGAAGAAAAGCAACAGGAAGCUAAUUUGAAAAAUAGACAGAAGAGUUUAAAAGAAGAAGAACAAGAAAGACGUGACAUUGGGUUGAAGAAUGCACUAGGCUGUGAAAACAAAGGGUUUGCUCUGCUCCAAAAGAUGGGAUAUAAAAGUGGUCAGGCCCUUGGCAAGAGUGGAGAUGGUAUUGUUGAGCCAAUUCCUCUCAACGUCAAAACAGGGAAAAGCGGCCUUGGUCAUGAGGCAUUACUGAAACGGAAAGCAGAGGAAAAACUAGAAAACUACAGGAGAAAGAUUCACAUGAAAAACCAAGCUGAAGAAACAGCCGCAGAGCAAUUUCGACUGCGAUUUAAACAUAAGCAUGAUGAAGUGAAGCUGGAAGGGGACCUGAGGAGAAGCCAGCGAGCAUGCCAGCAGUUGGAUACUCAGAAGAACAUUCAGUUUCCCAGGGAAGCAUGGUACUGGUUGGGGCUUGAAGAGGAGACUGAGGAAGAGGAAGAGGAAGAAAAAGAGCCAGAUGAAGAUGAAUAUAAGAGUGAAGACUUAAGUGUACUGGAAAAAUUACAAAUAUUGACUGGUUAUUUAAGAGAAGAGCAUCUGUAUUGUAUUUGGUGUGGAACAGCCUAUGAAGAUAAAGAAGACCUCUCUUCAAAUUGCCCAGGACCAACUUCGGCAGAUCACGACUAAGAUUAUUUUCAAUAAAGUAGAAACUUGGGAAAUGUUUCCUAAAAAUAGACAGUUGAACAGUUAGAAUUCCCACAUUAUGCCUAAAGAAAGAGGGCCUUU